UUUUAAUUCAAUAAUUUAUUCAUUUAUUAUCUGUUAGUAGUGUAAAUGUCUGCGUUAAAUGAGUUGUUAGUGUCAUGAAAAGUAGUUUAAUUAAUAAGAUUAUUAAAUCAUGGAAAAUUCAUGGAAAUUGGAAUAUAUUUUGCAAAAGUACAUAACAACAAUGACUGUUGAAUGGCUUGAUGUGUUAUUUUUUGAGUAUUACAACAAACCUACAAAGUUGAAAAAGUUUAUUAUACAUGAUAAAAAGUUUAAAGAUCUUGAUUUGACAUUGCGUAUGCAUCUACAUAAGUUAAUAGGAACACCUGCGCCAGAAGGCAUGUCAGAUGCUGAGGAUACAGUGUGUUUACGUGAAUUCUGUACAAAAGGAACUGGUGCUCGAAUUAUAAUAUUAUUAAGUGACCUAAAUUUAGUGAAUCGUGUAUGUGACAAUAAACUUGCAGAAACUUUCUAUAAGAUAUUUCCAACAAAGCUAUGGGAAGGUGAUAUGUCAAUGUCAAGAUUGCCUACAAUCUCAAGAAACGAUGUUAUAGAAAUGUACAAUUCAAUAUAUCUCAUUGGACCGGAUAAGGAAACAUGCGAAUAUUGCCUUGAUCCAGACCAAAUAGUUGCAUUUGAAGAUAUAGAAGAAAUAGAUUAUGAAACGUUAAGAACUGAAGAGUUUAGAAGUUUUAAUGAACAGUUUUACAUAUCACCUGUAGAACAUGCAGAUAAAGUUAUUACAGUGCUUCAAAAACUUGUUAGAAAAGACUUGAUAAAUUUCCUUGAUACAUCAUCUCUCACUUACUGCUCUAUAAAUUUGGCAUUGGAUAAUCUACAAAUACUAAAUGAACAAAAAAUAUUUAAUGAGAGUGAUCAAACUGUGAUAAAAAAGAAGCUUAUGUUUCUAUUAUUUGUAAGCAUGGGCAAUAUAGGAAAAUUUAUUAAUAAGCCAAUGCAAAUGAUAUACGAAAAAAUUACAAACAUAUGCAAGAUCGAACGUGACACAGAAAUAACAUGUGGUCUAGUGAUGAAUUUGAUGAAUUUAUUUAAGGAAGUGAUAACGGUAAAAGAGAUAGAAGAAUUUGAUGUAUUUACACUAACUGGUCAUCAAAUAGUGUUGGAUGAACUACAAAAGAUUCAUUCUGACACUCAAUUACUACAUUGUAUGCAGCUACAGUUUAUAAUCAAUAUUAAAUCAAUGAAGGAGGCAAAAAAGAAUAGACAGGACAAGAGAUCCAACGAAUUUUAUGGUAAUAAAAGUACUCAUCAUCAUCGUCACAGUCCAAACGAAGUGAGUCAUUGCAUUUUUGAGCGUUUACUUAUCGACAGUAUAGUGUACAUAAAGUCAUUUAAACAAUUGCUCAUUGUACUGAAACAUUUAAUGAAAGGAAUUUGUUGCUGUAAUGCAAAUAUCGAUACAAUUAAAGUAUUUCUAAGAUCUUCAAUAAUUCCUUCAAUUUACCUUAAAUUCAUUGAGAAACGAAUAGAUCGUGUUUUAUUUAAAGGUGCUAAAACGGAAGAGUGUAAGCUUUGCAAUGAUAAAAUCGAGUCAAAAUCAUUUCGUCUUGUAUAUUUAGACUUGUUUAAAAAGGAACUUGAUAGAAGGGAUGGAUUUGAGCUUCACAAUCUGUAUUAUCAUUUAAUUAUCAUCCAAAAAAUCAUGCCGAAACAUUUUUUAAAAGAUUUCAUCGUUGACAUAAUUGUUCCUGCUUUUAAGAAAGUGAAAAGAAAGUACUUUAAUGACCCAGAUAAUAAUCAAGAAUUGAAGGAUAUCUGUUGCUUUUGUCUACAAUUAAUGAAUGAAAAUGCUUUAAUCACUGUUGGUGCUUUAUCGGAAGACCUCAUCUAUGAUCUAGGCGACUGUUCAUUGGUACCUGCCAUGUCAAUUUAUUCAUGCAUGAUAUUAAGGCAUGGACUCGAAUAUCUCGUCAAUAGAGUUGAUAAGGCUGAUUCAGCACGUAAAAUUAAAUCAGUUCUGUUCAUCAACACGCAUUCCUUAAUCAGUGAGUUAUUGGAUAUUUAUAAUGAGAUUGGACUUCCAAAAAUAACAUUUCAAAGCGAGCCAAAAGCAUCGACAAGUGAUUCCUGUGGAUUUGAAAUAGUUGAUGAACACAAUCUAUUGAUUAGAGCAAAUUUAUCAAAAUUGGAUGUUCUAUUUUUAAGUUCGGUUCAUUGGAACAUUUUAUGUGAUCUCAUCGCCAAACAUCGAACAUUUAAGGCUGAUUUUCUAGCAAACAUUUGCAAUAAUUUUAAUGAAGAUAUUUUAUUCUCAAUUGCGUAUCAUGCAAUUAAUACGAUUUUAUUAAGAAGAGACAUUGCAAUAAAUCCAUUAACAAUGACAGAAAGGAAUUGUCAGAAUGAUGAAAAAAGCAAUCAUUUGGAAGUAAACACACGUUGCGAUUAUUUGACAUCAGUCAUCGUGAAUGAAUUUGACAUUAAUUAUGAUUUUAUUAUAAGUAGGUCAUACAAAUUGUUUGAAAUUUGUCAAAAAUUUAGUGAUAAGCUGCAGUCAGAGAGUCGUAAAGAAAAUCCGUUCUGCAUGACUUACAACACCGCACGAGAUAAGAAUAACAUGUUUUUUACAGCAUCAAUACACAGAGAUAAUUUUCUCUCUGAGAAUGCAUUGGAAGAUGCUCAAAAGAAUCAAUUUGCCUUAGAUAUUAAGGAUCACAAAGAUAAUGAUAUUUACUCUUAUCAGCAUUGGUUCCAUCAAUUCUUAACCAGUAUUGGAGAUUUUGAGAGUAAAAAUGUUCGAGAUAAAAUCACCAAAUUUGUCAAUCGCUUCAUUCGACCAGAAGACGAGCUACGAGAAAUAUAUAGGCUUAAUGCUAUUAAAGAAAUUACAAAUAAUAUUGGAACCAAGUAUUUAUCAUCCAUCGCUAAGAGUUGCUUUGAAAUUUGCUUCAGGCUGUGGCGCAAUCAGAAGCUCAGUACGAGAAUGUCAGCAGCGAUACAAGAAUUAAAGCUAUUGUUACUCCAAGAAGAGUGGAUUAAUAACAAAGAUUCAUUGUUUGAUGCUUUAGAAUUAUUAAUUAAAGUUGCUGAAAUGAAAGUUAAGAAUGUCAAUCAAAUAUUAAUGACAAAUACCGAGCCAAUGCCUGAAAUCGAUCCAAAUUUCUUCGAUAAUUUUGACAUAUCUAGCGUAAAGAUUCCAUUUAGCGAAAGUAAUGAUGAAAAAAUCGAUGAAGAUAAUGAAACGGAAGCUUACUUUUCUGCUGACGAAAACUACGACGCAGACGAAGAAUACUACUCGACAGCGGCAGAAGAUCAUGAGAAUCAAGCGUUCUCGUUUAAUACAGUAUCAAAUUUCAAAGACACCAACGAGCAUAUCUGCAAAUUAGUAAUCGAAAUCCUCAUGAAUCUGUCAAUAAAGUACAUAGAAAAUAGAGAUCAAUGGGAUGCAGAGGAAAUAACAACAUUGAUGAAGCGUCUAAGCUGCAUGAAUAAAUAUUUUGGAAACUCUGAUUUUAUUAUCAAAGGAUUUACACCGAUCUUAACUAGGAAAGAAAAUGAAUUUGAAACACUGCAAAAAGGAAUUUUGGAAUUAAUUGGAGAUUUAAACUCGCCAGAAAUUUUAAGGGCAUGUUUCUCACUGUUAACAAACAAUGAUGUACCCGUAGAAUUAAUAAUUUCAAGAAUUGAGACAUUGAGCAAUCAAGAAACAUUUCCUAGAGCCUUUACAGCAGUUCAAUAUCCAAUAUGUCAGGAUAAAUCAGAGAUAACAAUAACAUCUUCAUGUGACAGAGACAUAACAACAUUAAUAAAUAGCUAUCGAGAGCUUCACAUAGCAAAUGAUUUUUGGACACCAUUCAUUGAAUCAUCACAAAUCAUUCCUUUAAAUGUUUUAGAGCGGAAUAUAUGGAAUUCCUCUGGCUAUACUUUAUCAACAUGGAUUGAAUUGGAAGAGUAUCAAAAUAAUUACGUGACAUCAAUUCAUUUGUUGUCAUUUGGAACUGAUAAAUUAGUACUCGCGGUCUAUAUGAAUUCUAAUGGAUUUUUUGAAUUCAAUGUCAUCAAACCGAAUCAAAAUUAUGGCUAUAAAAAAGCAAAUAAGAACAAAUUGCUACAUGAUAACAGAGCUCACACAGAGCUUUUGGACACAUUAAAUAACCCAGAUCAAUCAAAUAAGGAAAAUAAUAGGAAUGGCAGAAAUAUUAAGGGAAUCGCUACAGUGCUUGAAAAUGAUCGUGAACAAAAUAUAAGAACGAGAGGAUCAAUUAGAAAUGAAUAUAAAAAGUCAAUGUCAAAGAGAGAUAGUUUACGGAUGGAAACCACAAAAGUGAGUAGAAAGUCUACAAAAUGUAAAGUUCCGUACGAUCGAUGGACGCAUAUUUGCUUAUCAAUUUGUAAUUUAGAUUCCAUCCUUACAAUACUUAUUACUCUCAAUGGAAUCGAGCAUGAAAGCAUCGAAAUUCCAGUUGGUGACAUGAUGAAUACUGAAGUAAAUGGAAAGCUUCAGUUGUUAUUUAUUGGAUCACAGAAAGUUUGUAGCGAAGAUGAUUUCCAAAAAACUUUAAAAUACUCUAUGAGUAAUGUGCUUCUCUUUAAGACUCCAUUAGAAACAAAUUUGAUUGCUUGCCUCUUUUGUCUUGGACCGGAUUGUUAUAAUUUUACACCGUGUGAAUUGUUACAAAUAAUGCCAGUUCGUGGAUUUAUAGAUAUGUCGAAAUUAAUCAAUAGAACAUCUUUAAGUGGCAUAAGUUAUGAUUUAAUGUCUAGACUUCAAUCCAAUAUAUUGUUGGCACAUAAUUUUAUAAAAGCUAGCAAUGCUACAGUUUAUUUGAAGACAGACUAUGGCAAACGAUCAGGAAUUAUCAAUUUUGGAAAAAUUGCAAAAGCUGCAGCAGUCAACUCAUUAUCAAGAUCAAUUUAUUUCACUGGUGGAUUAUCUACUAUGCUAUUCCUUUUUGCUAGAACUGUGGAGUUAUCAGAAGAUCCAGAAACUCAAUCGUCUGCCUUAUACAUUUUUCUCAAAUGUGCUUAUACAAAUAAUUAUCUUAAUGCUGAAUUUGAGCAAAGGAAUUUAUUCAAUCUAGUUGCUCAUGUCUUUAAGCAUGGAAAUUGUUAUCGUGGACCAGGAAUGUUAAAAGCUGUACUGGAUGUCAUUUAUGGUGGUUCAAUGUUUCACAAAAAGUCUAAAAGUGAUGAAUACUUAAUUAAUGAAGAAAGUUUACUAAAUAUCCAAAAUGGAAGUUUGUUGAUCAAGUUGCUAAACCAUUUUAAUAUUUUCCAGACUUCAAAUGGGAUGGAAACAAAAACAUUGAAUCUCUUCUUUAAAAGUAUAAUCACAACAGUUCGUGAUGUUCAUCCUUGUAGAGCUACAAACUUACAAUGUCUUCGUGAUCAUGGAUUUUUUGAGAAAUUAAUUAAAUUUUGUAAGACUCAUUUGGCAAGUACAGCAAGUUCUAUGAAAAUCAAUUCAGCUACAGCUUUUAUGUUAGUAGAAUUAAUAAAAAUGAUGAAUAGAAAUCCACCAACAAUUUGGAGUAUUAAGGAAAUACAAAAGUUACUUAUUCUGCUGCAUCAUCCAAGUGAAAGUUUCGUUACUCAUGAUCGAUCAAAAUUUAAUUUCAUCUUAUCAAGUAAUAAGCCGUCAAAGCAUAAUCGAAACAAUCAAACAAUUACUUCGAAAUAUUUCAACUUUAGUACCAAGAUUCGGUCUGCAAAUGCUACAAUCACUCCUAUUUUAUCGCCGACAACAUCACAGGCAUCAGAAACUGGAAAUAACAGUGAACCACAACCAGGAACAUCCACACAAAAUCCCAAUCAGAAUACUGAGGGUCAAUCUAUAAAAUCAAUUCAUAGUGAUACAGAGCUUUUAAAAAUGGUCAGAAAAGGAUCAAUGAAGAAGAGAUUCAAAAGAACUAAGAAAUUUGAUGAACUUGAUCAGGAUCAAAUCCAUCAAAUUAGAAAAGCUUUAAAAACGGAAGUGAAAGUGAAGGCAAAAAGUGAGUCACCUCCAAUAAAAAUUAAUAAAAAGCGUCUGCAAAGCACACCAAAGAAAAAGCAUAUCCUGCAAAGAACAUCGACGGUCAUAGAACAGCAAGUUGGAUUGGAAUGUGCAUUAGAUCCAGAAAUAGUCGAAAAGUUUAAGCAAUCACUUACGCUUACUAGUUCUAAUAUCUCAGAUAUAGAAAUUGUGCAGGACAACGAAGGAAUCAACAUAUUACAGGAACUGCUAUUUCUCAUGCUUACGGAUAUCAUUAAGAAUCUCGAUGUUUUGAGACUGCAAACAGAGCUUCCAGAAUGUUUAAAAAUUGAAUCUUUUAUAAUGUUUGCAAAUCAUCAAGAUGCAGAUGUUCGUGCUGCUGUUACUAACUUAAUACGCACACUUACCAGUCGUCAAUCAGUAGAUCAAGUCAGUACAUAUCAAAAAGCAAAUUAUUGGAUUCAUUUGGGAAAUCAAUUGUCAAUCUGGCCUGUAAAUACAAAUAUGGUUCAGGCAUGUCUUGACUGGAUUUGUGUUGAAGAAUUAAAAGUAAAUGAAAUAGCUGAAGGUUCUGAAAUUGAGAUUCAAUAUAGACCAGCAUUAAGAGUAUUAAUCUCAAUGUUACCAUCCAUGACUAAUGAUAUUGGAUUACUGAAAAAUACAGUCAGAUUCAUUGAUUGUGUGAUGAAAUCAAGUCAUGACAACUUUCAAUAUUUAAUGGAAAAUGGAUUGGUUGCAGCAUUAAUCAAGUCAUUAAUUAACAUUGGUGAACUUGGAUAUUUUAAUUGCAUUAGUUUAUCUUUGGAAUGGAUUGCAAUUAAUGCAUUAAGCACAAUGGGAGUUAUGCACAUUUUAUGGGAACUGUUGUAUGGAUUAACUUAUGCUGAACGUCAAAAUAAGAGUAUUCGAGAAGUGCACCUUAAAAUUUUAAAAAUAUUAUUAGAUUUAUGCUUAGUUUGUCAAGAUCGAAGAGGCAGUCGUGCUGGAGAUAUGAGAUUUGUAUAUGCAGUAAGAAAGGAAUUGGGAAACUUGUCAUCAUCAGAGAUAAAAACUCGAUUUAAUCUUGUGCUUGAUAGGUCCAUUCAGUUCAUUAUGAGUUGGGAAGUUGUGGAUGUAAUUAAAAUUUUUGAACUGCAUUUUAUAAAAUAUUUAAUUGACAUGUAUUUCUCUGGAAUUCAGCAAGGAUCAAUAGCACUUUGGUCAUUAAAUCCUAAAGUUGUUAAGGAAGUCAAGCUAUUCACAACACAUAAACUACUUGCAAAUCUCGUAAUUGAUGCAAACUAUUCAGUUCCUGAAUCUAAACUAUUCAAAUCUUUAUUAUUUCAAUUUAUCAACAACAAUCAAAAUGAAUUCACUGAAGAUCAGGUGAAGAUUUUUACAAAAUAUUGUGGCUCGUCGAUAACACAACAACAACAAAAUUGGAACUUAAGCAUAAGUACGACAGCAAAAGUUGAGAAUAUUCGUGAUAAUGCGAGUGUAGAACAGUCACAGCAAGUUGAUAAAAUAAUUUAUAAAUUGGAAACGCUUGUUCAGUCAUGCAUAGACAAUGCUAUGCGUAUGACACGUGAUGUGGUUGACAUUCAAAACAAGGAACGACGGAAGUUAAUGAAUCAAUUGAAAAAAACCCAAGAAAUCGAUUUUUAUCGCGAAUGGAAUGAAUUAAUACAGAGAAUGACGCAUGAAGAUGCUCCUUGGUAUAAUGAGAAACUGUAUCCAACAACAUUUGAAUUAGAUGAAACUGAAGGUCCAGGAAGGAUGAGAAUUAGAUUGAAAAGAACAGUUUUGAAAGUUGAGGAACGAUUUUUUAAUGAUGAAUUUAAAUUUAAGGCUGAAUAUCAAAAUAGGAAGCAGUUAUUGGAUUAUUUACUGAACCCUAAAGAAACUGAAAGAUACUCAAUACGUGAUCAAAUCAUUUUUACAUUUAAUGCUAAGCAUUUAACUAUGGAACAGGAAAUAGAAGGUGAAAUUAUAAUCACAGAAACUCAAUUUAUAUUCCUAACAAAUCACAAUACACACAACAACUCGAUCAUAUCUAAUAUUAUUAACAUAAGUGAAAUUUGGGAACGACGAUAUCAGCAUAAAGAAGUGGCACUCGAAAUCUUCCUCAAGUCCAACAAAAGCUUUUUCAUCAUUUUUGAAUCAAGUUAUGAUCGCGAUAUUGUCAACAAUUUCAUGGCUGAAAAGAUUAAUUGGAAGGAAAGCACCAAACAGGUCGAGAAUUUAUCUCAAAUGUGGAUAGAUAAUAAGCUUACAAACUUUGAGUACUUAAUGGAACUGAAUAAAUUAUCGGGUAGAAAUUACAACGAUAUUGCUCAAUAUCCAAUAUUUCCAUGGAUUCUAGCUAAAUUUGAUGGUGAUGAAUUGGACCUUACUAAUCCUGAUACGUUUCGGAAGCUUAAUAAAACCAUAUCGACACAAUAUGACGGAACAGAAGAUCAAUAUAUAGGCUAUUACAAUGACUUGAUAGCACAAAUGAAUGAUCAUCAACCUUAUAUGAAGCCAUAUCAUUACACUUCACUGUAUUCUAACUCUGGAACGGUCCUUCAUUUUCUUGUUCGACUUCCACCAUUCACAAACAUGUUCCUUCUUUAUCAAGACAACAACUUUGACAUUCCUGAUCGGACUUUCCAUAAUUUGUCAACAACAUUCAGAUUAACAAGCAGAGAGUCAGCAACAGAUGUGAAAGAGUUGAUUCCUGAAUUUUUCUGUUUACCUGAUUUCCUAGAAAAUCAGGAAGGCUUUAAUUAUGGAAAAAGGCAGACUGGUGAGCAGGUAAAUGAUGUAAAACUGCCAGAAUGGUGUGAUUUUUCACCAAGGAACUUCAUGCUGAUCCAUCGACAAGCAUUUGAAUCGGAAUUAGUAAGAAGAAACUUGAAUCACUGGAUUGAUUUGAUCUUCGGGUUCAAGCAGAAAGGAAAAGCUGCAGUUGAUUCAAUUAAUGUCUUUCAUUAUGCUACAUAUCCGGAAUUCCAAAUAUCGAGCAUAAAUGAUCAAGUUGAACGGUCAGCAUGUGAGACAAUGGUGAAAACUUAUGGGCAGGUUCCAAAACAAAUCUUUAUGUCUCCUCAUAAAAAGUCAAUAAUAAAUAAUGAUAGGAUAAACGAUAAUCGACCUGUUUUGAGAAACAUUAAAGGCUUAAAAUGGGGAAAUUAUACUGGAUCUCCAAUAUUACCAAAACCAAGAAUGAUAAAGCUUAAAAGUCCAGUUAAAUGCAACCAUAAGAACAUGAAACUAGUGUUAGCUGAAAGCUUCAAUACGUUCUUUGUCGUUCCAGACAAUUGCUCAAUUAUUCAAGGACUUACGCCAGACUCAUUCGAGUUACUUAUGUGGAAAGAAAAGGAUGGGAUUGUAAGGAAAAAGCCAUUUGAUGAUAAGAAGAAAUCAAAAUCGACACAUUUAUUCUCUCUGCCUUCAUGUGAUCCAGUAACAUGCUGCUUAACUCACAACUUUUAUCCGCACAUUUGGUUUGGACAUUUGUCAGGUAACAUUAGUGUCUACAUAAGAGUCGAUAAGCCAUGCGAAUUAAUGACAGAAGAAGGAAGUUCAAGGUCAUCAUUUCUUGAAGACAUAAUUGAUAUUACAAUUGGCAAUGCUUCGUCAAGAGCAUUAAAUGUUACUCCGAUAAAAUAUAAAGUCAUUACUAAGUGGAUGUAUCCAAUAAUAUUAUUGAGGCAUAAAAAAGAAGUUUUGAGCAUGAAAAUGUCUGUGGAUUUUAAAAUAGCAGUUAGUAUAGGAAUUGAUGGACGUGCAGUCAUUUGGGAUACACAAAAAAUUGAAUAUAUAAGAACGAUUGAGCCAUCAUGUAAUACUUUGAGAUCACAAAUAACACAUGUGGAUGUAAGCAAUACACUCGGUGAUAUUUUAACAGUUUUUAAGCCAAAGGAUGAUGUCUAUGAAGAUACAGAUGCAAGUUCUGUGGAAAUGAGUGAAAAUAAUGGCGAUGAUUUUAUCAACAUAUCAAUGUCAAUAGCUAAUAAAUCACAAUUGAGGCUGAACAACAUUAAUGGCAAAUAUAUUAAGCAUAUAUUCCAGGAUGGAAUCGUUACAGCAACUUGCUUUAGUUUUAUAAAGGAAGGAACUGGUGUAAAUGUGAUUGCUGCUGCUUUCACAAACUUUACUAUCAGAUUGUUUUCAACAUGGAACCUGGAUGUAGUUAGAGAGAUUUAUACAGGAAUUAACACCUUAAUUAAAGGAAUUUCAUUUUCAACAAAUCACUACUUGGGCAUUGUUACAGACGAAGAGGUUUAUAUAUGGGGAUCUGAUGGCUUACCAAAUGAGUGUCCCAGUAUUCAUGAUAUUGUUUUGGUCAGUUCUUAAUGUCUGUUUUGUUAAUUAAUUUGUAUUUUGCAUGAUAUCAAAUUUUAUUUUAUUUUAUUGUAAUUUAAUAUAUAAGCGAAAUAUAGUGCGAAUAAACCGUGGGAAAUUAUUUAAA